GCUGGGCCUUAACGAGCACCACCAGAAUGAAGUGGUCAGCUACAUGCGCUUUGCUCGUUUCAAGCGGGGCCUGUGUCUCAAAACAGUGGAUUCUUGUUUUCAGGACCUUAAGGACAGCAGGCUCGUUGAGGAGACCUUCACAGUUGAUGAGGUGACGGACAUGCUGGAUGGGCUGCGGACCAUUGUGCACAGCGAAGUGGAGUCGGAGUUCAUCAACACAGCUUACACCAACGUGCUGCUUCUGCGGCAGCUCUUCUCACAGGCUGAGAAAUGGUACCUCAAGUUACAGACGGACAUCUCCGAGCUGGAGAAUCGAGAACUGUUGGAACAAGUUGCCGAGUUUGAAAAGUCAGAAUUUACAUCUUCAAACAAGAAGCCCAGUACAGAUCUCAUGAAACCAAAACUGGCUCCGUUAAAUGAAGGUGGGUCAGAGCUGCUCACCAAGACAGUUGCCUGUCUUCAAGAAGAGAAUGAAAAAUUGAAGGUCAGACUCAAGACCAUAGAAACACAGGCUACAGCUGCCCUAGAUGAAAAGUCCAAACUAGAGAAGUCACUGAGGGAUUUACAGAUGAUCCAAGGAGAUCAAAAGGCUGAUGCAAACCAGGAUAUCACCGAGCUGGAGAAUAAAGUGGCAGCUUUGAAAUCCCAGUUUGAGAAGACUCUGAAUGACUCUACUGCAAACCAGAAAUUCUUGGAAGAGAACUUGAUGACAACAAAGCAUGACUUGCUUAGGGUUCAGGAUCAGCUGUCCACAGCUGAAAAGGAAUUGGAGAAGAAGUUUCAGCAAACAGCUGCCUAUCGCAACAUGAAGGAGAUUCUCACUAAGAAGAACGAACAGAUAAAGGAUCUACGUAAGAAGCUUUCCAAAUAUGAGCCAGAGGACUAA